GUGAGGGGUAUUUGAGGUGAUUAGUGCAUCGCAUCUUGGAAGAUAUCCCAGAUCAUCACCACAGUCCUUAAAAAACACCCCUCUGUGCCAUGGAAUGAAGCAGCAGAAAAAAGUUGUGGGAUCAACAUGGAAGCCAUAUAGCAAUUCCUUGUAUUAUUUGGCUGUUUGGAUUUGGAUGUGCUGUCUAAAUCUUCUGGAUACCCACCAAUUAAAACAACAACAACAACAACAAAUCCUCUGGUUGGAAGUGUUUUCCAUCAAGAAAAUCCAGCAUGCUUGUAUCCUCCUAGCCGUGUCUCCUGAACACAAGGAUGUCCAUGAGGAGCCUUGUCUCUCCUCAGCUGGAGCUUAAUGGAGCUGGGAAUAUGGUGAACUGCACCAUUAAAACAGAAGAAAAGAAGGAGAGCCAUUACAAGUUGACUCAGGGGGAGGCUCCUUGCACAUCACCUGGCUCCAACAGCCCCAGUAAAUCACCCUUGCCACUGGGUGACUUCGUUGAUCCCCUAAUUCUCCCACAGGAAUCUGUACCUCCAGUGGACAAAGCAUUAGAUUCCAGGAACGCUGUGCUCGAGCCUGCAGUUAGCCACCAGGAAAAAUUGGAUUUCAAUAAAAAUCUAAAAGAAGUGAUGCCGACCAUUGAGAAGUUACUAUCCAGUGAAUGGAAAGAGAGACUUCUGGGGAAAAAUCCUAUGGAAUCCAAAGAGGUAAAAGGAACCCAAGAAAGCUUGGCAGAGAAAGAAUUACAGCUGCUGGUCAUGAUUAACCAGCUGUCCAUCCUGAGGGACCAGCUGCUGACAGCCCAUUCAGAACAGAAAAACAUGGCCGCUAUGUUGUUUGAAAAGCAGCAACAACAGAUGGAGCUGGCCAGGCAACAGCAAGAACAGAUUGCCAAGCAACAACAACAACUUAUCCAGCAGCAACACAAGAUCAACUUGCUGCAGCAGCAGAUCCAGCAGGUCAACAUGCCCUAUGUCAUGAUUCCAGCCUUUCCUCCCAACCACCACCCUCUUCCUGUCACUUCAGAUUCUCAGAUGGCACUUCCUAUCCAGCCAAUUCCAUGCAAGCCAGUGGAAUAUCCAAUGCAGCUGCUUCAUAGCCCCCCUCCUUCAGCACUGAAGAGACCUGCAAGCUCAGGCCACUUACAGAUCCAGGAAUCUUCACAGCCACUGAAUUUAACAGCAAAGUCUAAAGGCUCUGAACCCCCCAAUGCCUCCAGCACACCUGGUUUAAAGAUUAGUAGCAGUCAGUCCCUCAGUGGUGUUUCUCGAGAGUUGCAGACCAGCCCUCCCAGCCUUCCUUUGGGCUUCCUUGGAGAGGGAGAUGCUAUAACUAAAGCAAUACAAGAUGCUCAGCAACUUCUGCACAACCAAAGCAGAGCUAUAGAUGGUUCUCCAAAUCAUCCAUACAUUAAGGAUCAUAGCAAUUUGGAUUCUUCACCUGGAAAAGAACAGAUGGACGAGUCGUCUCUUCACAGACUGGAUGAGUCUCUACUAACAUGUGAAGGAGAUGGUUCACGACAUUUCCCUGAAUCCAGGAACAACAACCACAUAAAGCGCCCCAUGAAUGCUUUUAUGGUAUGGGCCAAGGAUGAAAGACGUAAAAUUUUGCAAGCUUUCCCAGACAUGCACAAUUCAAGCAUCAGUAAGAUUCUAGGAUCCCGAUGGAAAUCCAUGUCCAAUCAGGAGAAGCAGCCCUAUUAUGAAGAGCAAGCACGGCUGAGUCGCCAGCAUCUAGAGAAGUAUCCCAAUUACAAGUACAAGCCCCGCCCCAAACGCACCUGCAUUGUGGAAGGGAAGCGGCUUCGUGUUGGCGAGUACAAGGCACUGAUGAGGAAUCGGCGCCAGGACGCCAGGCAGGGCUACCUGAUUGCGCCCCAAAGCAGCCAGAUGCCACCUUCCUCUUCGGAUCUCAUGUACCAGCGAUCAGUUGGGAUUCAGCUGGCUCCACCACUGAUGGAUCACUACUUGUCCCAUGGCAUGGAACCAAACAUGCCAGUCAUAGUGAACACAUGUAGUCUGAAGCCAGAGGAGGGGGAUGGGACAGAGGACAGUCAUUCAAUGCCUGAUGGGGAGAUGUACCACUACAGUGAAGAUGAGGAUUCUGAGGGCGAGGAGAAGAGUGAUGGCGAGCUAGUGGUUCUCACGGACUAAUGUCACAAGGAGCAAGUAUGGAAAAUAUGGACAAACCUUUGUCCUCUUUCUAAUCUGGAACAAUUAAUGGCAUUGGAAGAAACAAGGAGGGAGCUUGUUAAAGUGGAAACAGACAUGGAGCAGAGGAACAAUUCUUUAUGCCACCAUCUGUGAUAUUGGUAGAGUUUAUUUCCCAUCCAUUUAUCUUCUGUGGAAAGGGAGGAAUUUUGUCUUUGACCUGCUGAAUUUACCCCAAGGAAAUUGAAUAUUAAUUGACUAUGACUCUUGUAACAAAUUUGGUAUUUUUUUCUACUAAGGUCAGAACUCCUGCUAUCCCAAAUCUUCACUGAAGUUCAGGGAACAAAGUAUUUUGGAGUCACUAAGGGAUAAACAAUGAGAUAGAAAUACUGAGCAGCAGAUUUCAGAAUCUAUAAUCUUUGAACCCAUCUUCCUAGCAGCUCAGUAUUAAGUGUUAUGUUCUCAGAAACGAAAGUUUGACUAGAAAAAGCUUCUUCCUUCCAGUCACAACUGUGUGUAUCUUUUCUGUAGUGUUCAGUUGUGUUGGAGUUAGGGGCAAAUGGUCUGUGGCUGAGUAGCAAUUAUGUCUCUUGUUCAUUUCCUCUACGGCUUUUUCUCCUUUCCCCAUAAAGCUGAUGUAAAAGCUUACUUUACCAACAGCCAAAUAGAGACCUCACCUGUUUACAACUUGGCCAAGUUGCAUCAGCUUUUAUUAGCCAUCCAAUCACUAGCAUUCAACCAACAUUUGGGGAGCAUUUUCACUUUCCUGAAAUGAAACAUCUGGGUGGAACACUUAUUUCCCCUUCAUUCCGGAUUUCAACUAGUUCUGCCUUUUCCCCCCACUCCAACUUCACUUUGUCCUGUGUUUGUUUUGUUCAAUUCCCACCGGCCCUGCCAAUAAAUUCCCAUGGAGCCAUUUUUAGCUCUGGACUUGAAUGAAUAGCAACCGAGGUCUCGAAGGGCCCUCUUUACCCUUGGCAACCUUGGCCCAACUUAUAAAUUAAGCCAUGGCCUGUUUCCCUCCUACCCUCGUUUGCUUGCCAACGCUCAGUACACACAGGAGAACACCCUGCAACAAUAGAACGCUGACUUGAUGUUUAAGGGAUAAAAUGUGAAGUUUCUGAGGCAAUCUUUCCAAAAUUGUUUUCCUAUGUAGGUAACAGUUCUUUCAUGCCCACCCACUAGAGCACUAAAGGUGCAUAAUGGGAAUUAUAAUCCAACAUACAGACACCAUGUGAAGGGCACCUUAGAAAAACUAUUCUGAACCAUCUUCUGUGAAGGAAAUAAAAAUUCUUUUAUUGAAUUAAUCUAAUGAUGCUGUAAUACAGGGUAGGAACCCUGUGUCCUUCUAGUUCUGAGUUACAGUUUAUUAGGAAGAAGAUGUUAUAAUUCAGCAAUUUUCAAGGGGUUUGUCCACUUUCAUCAUUCUGGUUUAUUGAGCCUCUGGUAGGCUUCAGUAUAUUUGUAAAUUCAUGUUUUCCAUACAUUGAACUCAACACUCAUAGUUUUCAGUAUAAGUACUUGUUUGCUUAUCAUGCUCAAAUCAUCCAGGUUGAGUGUAUAAUGUGUUCGAGUGGCUUCUUUCAUCUCCUCCUUACUCUUUAUCCUUUAGUGGCAUUAGUGAAAGCAGCAGUCUUGCCCUGGUUUAAAUUAGCUAAGCGUUCUUAGUUAAUGGUUAACCUGUGGAUAGCUUCAGUACAUGGAAAGAACAGUGAUGAGAGAGGCAUAUAGGAUGUACAGAGUCAUGAUAUACACAUGCACAGUUAUGUUUCUGAUGUAUGAAUUAUAUACAUUUGCAGACACUUUUUUACAUAUUUUGCCCCUAGAUAGUCCUUUAAAUAUUUUUGUACGCUUUCAUUGGAUUUAAAUCUCAGCAUGGGAAUCUUUUAUUUUCUGCUAUGAAAUUGUAACAUCACUGAGAAACUAAAUUGGGUGUUCUUAAAGUAAACAUGUCAUUCUUCAUUUUUUGACAAGGUCUCCUUUUUGUGUUAGGGUGACCAAGUUAUUAAUAUAACCACUGAUCUCCACAAUUUGAGACCAGAUAUGAGAUCAUGGAAGAAAUUUAGCAUUGCCCACAUGAUUGUAUCAUGCCCACUGCAGAAUGAACCCCAUAACAAUAUGUGCGCUUGCAGAGAUGGCAAACUACAAGCCUGUUUAUCAUUUCUGGCAGAAAAGUAAGGAUUGAUAAUAUCAUACACAGUUUGGAGUCACCCUUAGUCUAAUAUUACAAAAAGCCCACUAGCAUCUCUUUUGUACUCUAGUACAAAUAGAUAUGGCAAAAGAUCACUAUUUUUUGUAAUAUUGAUAACUGGGAAGUGAUUAAGAAUGAGAUACAUUCCUUAUAUUUUACAGAGGAUUUAUGCAUCCAUUUCAUUCCUUACAGACCCCUGAAUAUUGGUUUUUUAUCUCACCAUCUUUAGGAGUGUGGUCCUUCACAUGUCUGCUAAAAUGUAAUGCAAAUCUGAAGUUGACAGAAGUUUCAUGCUGAGCUUGCAAAGCAUGAUUUUUCUUGCAAUAGAAUAGUUGUCACUUUGAAAUUUGAUCUUAGUCUGUGUAGUGUCAUCACAGAGUUUAGUGUCACUAUAAGACCGUGCACCUGAGGUGUAUCCGGAUAGAAUCUGGAGUUCUAACUUACUUCCCUUUAUUCUAAUUUUGAAAAGAGGAAAAUGCAAUUAUAUCUUCUAGAGAGGAGUGGAUCACUUAGUUCCUGUUCCACCUUUUAAAAAAAAAUCCCUGUGCCCUCUAGAUGUUUUAGAUUACAACACCCAUCACUUUCAACAUCUUAAUGGGCAUUUUGGGCAAGCAUCAUGGAGUUAUAGUCUAGCAACUGGAGAGCAUCAAGAAAGAUGAAUUUCUUUGAUCUAUAGUUUCCCAUUCCUUCAGUUUUUCAUAAUCCUAUCCCUUUCCACUGUGCUCUAGCAACUGGCUGCUGCUUUAUUUUUGUUUUGUUUCAAAAAGUCUGUACAUAUAGAUAGAGCUUUAUUUUGUUAAUAAGACUAGUAACUUAACCUGUAUAUUUCAACACUCUUUGUUUAUAAAGGGUUUUCUUUUUCUUGGUACAAUAAAGAUGUUUUGGAACAGAGAUC